CCAAGUUGCACGGGCACAUACGCUCAGGUUUCAUCUCUCGCAGCUUCCUUCGGCUUUUCAAACGCAUCCUCCCUCCCCUUUAUCCGAUUGUUUAAACCAAUUCUGCAAUUUUUCAAAACCCUAAAUUCAGAAACUUCUUUAAUUGGACAAAUUUUAUUUAUUCUAUACGCUGCUUUAGGGGGAGAAUUAUGGCCGUUAACUCGUGAAAUUGAGAGCUCCGGAAUGGCUGAAUUGUGGGGCUCGAAUGUACAAUCAACUAAUUCCGAGAGUGGAAUCGAUGAGCUCGACCAUGUUCCCUUGACGCAACGGCGGAAAUUGUUACGGGAAAACAGACAGCUUUUGGGUUCGGCCGAUCCUAGUCCCCCUGUUCUUGAAAAGGGAAGUGAAAACAAAUCUAUGCCCCAUGUUGGUGUCGUCUUUAAAGAAGAAGAAGAAGAUGGGCACUGUAAUUCGUCACAGCAGAUUAGAUGUACCGGAGUUGAGGCUGAUGUUGCUCGGCAAGAUAAACUCAAUGUCAACGCUUGCACUUUGCCCAAAUGUCAGACACUGCUGGUGGCUCCUGCCAAAGUUAAGGUUGAGUAUUUUGACAACUUGCUGGUUUCAUCGGGUAAUGGAAUAAAUGGUCUUGCCGCUGCUGAUGUGUCAGUAUCCAUUGAGCAAAAUGAGAUCCCCGGUGACUUUGUUGAUGAUGAUCUUGAUCACAUUGCUCUGAAAGAGCGGCUGAGGAUGCUGCUAUCAAGGAAACGGUUGGAGUUGACAAAACCAGUUCAAAAGGGUAGUUCUGGAGGUUUGCUAGAAAUCCUAAUACAGCAGUUCACUGAGAAGGGGAAGAAAGAGACUCAUCUCGUUGAGGAAGAGCUAGUGUCUGAAAAUCAACUUUGUGAUAACGUUGAAAGUAGUGCUUCUGUUUUCUGCAGACCUUUAGUAAAUGGUUCACCAGAUGAUAUUACUGUGGAAUCUUCUGUAACCAACCAAUAUUCACGGGCAUUAACUAAAUCCAGUGAUGAUAUGGAAAUUCUUGCAAGUGACAGCAAAUGCUCGUCUGAGAGAAUGCUUGCGGAGUCAAAUUCAUGUGAGUCACAGGAUUGUUUGCCUGCCAACAGAAGUCGUGUGCAUACUUCUACUUCAUCAACUGUUGUUGAGGUCAAGGUUGAACCUAGGGAUGACCAUAAUUUGCACAUAACUGACUGGAAUGCUAGGCAUAACUUUUACUGUAACAAACUGCGGUUGAAGAAUAAAUUAGAGCUCUCUGAUCAACUAUGUGGAGGUGAGGUGGACCAUAAGCCACUGAGAGAUCAGAUGAAGAUGCCUACUACGCUGGUAGAGGAUUCUGAAUUGAAUAUAGCUAGGAACAUCGAAUGCUUGAAGAAACAUGUGCCCUCUGCACUUGGAUGUAGCUUUAUUGCUCCAGAAUCUACAGAACCACUUUGCAUCAACCGUCCAAGGAAGAGAAGAAAGACAGCCACGGAUUCAGUUGAAACAGCCCUGGAGGAAGAUGCACCUGGACUCCUGAAGGUGUUGGUUGACAAAGGCAUAUUUGUCGAUGAAAUUAAGCUUUAUGGGGAAAUGGAGAAUGAUGAAGCUCUUGAUGAGUCAUUUAGUGAAGACAGCUUUGCUGAGCUUGAAGAUGUGAUGUCGAAGAUUUUCUCUCAGCGCGACUCGUGCCUAAAGUUUGCACCUAUACGAUGCGCAAAGGGUGCAAGAUCUAGUUAUUGCUUGGCCUGUCUAUUUUCACUCGUGGAGCAGACACGAUAUCUACAGUUUCGAAAAUGGCCUGUUGAAUGGGGCUGGUGCCGAGACCUCCAAUCAUUUAUAUUUGUCUUCAAGAGGCAUAACAGGAUUGUGUUAGAACGUCCUGAAUAUGGCUAUGCGACAUACUUCUUUGAGAUAGUGGAUUCUUUACCAAUUGACUGGCAGAUCAAGCGCUUAGUGACUGCGAUGAAGCUUAGUAACUGCGGCAGGCUUUCAGUAAUUGAGAACAAAGCAUUAGUGGUUGGAGAAGACUUGACGAAAGCUGAGGCUCAGGUGUUGAUGGAAUACGGUUGGGUACCGAACAGCGGCUUGGGAACAAUGCUCAACUAUUGUGACAGAGUUGUGCAUGAUAGGAAGAAUGAGAAGGACAGUUCAGAGUGGAAAUCAAAGAUAGCAAAGUUGCUGAUGGAUGGUUACAACGGUGGAAGUAUGGUUUCAACCAACAUUCCAAAGAAGGUUGAAGAAUACAUAGGUUCCCAGAACCCAGAAAUUAAGUUGGAGUUUUAGCUAGAGAUUAGCUUGUUUAGAAGGGUGUAAAUACUUGCAUAGAUGAAACAUUACUAUACUUGUUGACAACAAUCGGCAGUUACAAACUGAAACAAAGUUUGUUGUACCAA